AUGGAUAUGGCGAAUAAGCUGGCUCAGUUCGGGAAUGGUCUUGACGACUUCACAGAUGUAUCAAGGGACGACUUUGAAGACAUGGUGAAUGUACGAGGCGAUCGAGAGGGUGACUACCUUGCGGACAUGUACAUCGUUACCUGGAAGGCCGAGACAGAGACGAAAAAGGCCGUGCUGAAGCUAACCGGAUGUGGUGAAGCAGGAUGUGGUCACUUGUUUAAAGAAGUAAGAGCGUACUGCAGACUGAAGGAAUGUAAACAUGUACUGAAGCUGUAUCAGUAUGGCAUGUACUAUGACCAUCAUCAUUAG